UAAGGCUUUUUUUUUAUUAUUAUUUUUCUUUUCCUUAUCAUUGAAGAAUCAUCUUGAAGCAACAAAACUCAUCCCCAAUUUCACCACCGAUCAAUCAACUCACAUCUCUAUCAAAACUUAUGAAAAAGAAAAUGAGUAUGAUAGGCACCGGAGAUUUCUCAGCCAAACUGGAUCCUGAAAGAAUGAAAGAACUGAAGGCGUUUGAUGACACAAAUGCUGGUGUCAAAGGACUUGUAGAUGCCAAGCUUGCUACUAUCCCCAAAAUAUUUGUGCGACCACCGGAGGAGCUGGCUGAGGAGUUGAAAUCCGGUCAGACUGAUUACAAAGUUCCUAUUAUUGAUUUAAGUGACAUCCAUAAAGGCAAUUUUUCUAAGGAGAUUAUCGAGGAAGUAAGGUUUGCAUCAGAGAAGUGGGGCUUUUUCCAAGUGGUUAAUCAUGGAAUUCCUUCAACUGUGCUUGAUGAGAUGAUUGAUGGGGUCCGCCUGUUUAACGAAGAAGAGCUUCAAGUGAAGAAGAAGUUUUAUUCUCGUGAUCACUUGAAAAAAGUGAGAUUCAACUCUAAUUAUGAUCUGUAUAAAUCAAGGUUUGCGAAUUGGAGGGACACAUUGACCAUUUCUGUGCCUCAUCAACUUGACCCUGAAGAAUUGCCAGCUACUUGCAGGAAAGCAACGUUGGAGUAUAUUAAACAUAUAAAAAUAUUAGGAGAACAUUUGUUUGAGUUACUAUCAGAGGCGCUCGGCCUAAAAGUAGACCACUUGAGGAAACUGGGCUGUGCUGACGGCUCCACCAUUGUCUGCCACUAUUAUCCGGCAUGUCCUAACCCAGAGCUGACUUUAGGAGCAAGCAAACACUCGGAUCCUGGAACCCUGACUGUACUCCUGCAAAGCCAAAUCUGUAGCCUCCAGGUCCUUCAUGAAGGUGAAUGGGUUAAUGUACACCCCAUUCCAGGAGCCCUGGUAAUAAACAUUGGAGACCUUCUUCAGAUUAUAUCGAAUGACAGACUUAAAAGCGUAGAGCACAGAGUAAUCGCCAGGCAUGAAGGACCCAGGAUUUCUGUGGCGUGUUUUUUCACUGGAAGUAGCUCCAUGAUGUACAGCCCAAUUAAGGAGUUGACAUCAGAGAAUGACCCAGCUAGGUAUAGAGAAGUCGUGUUGAGUGAAUAUAUUUCCAGAUUUAUGUCUCUGUCACUUGAUGAUAAGUCUAGUCUUGACCACUACAAGCACACACACAUUGGUCUACCGGUUAUUGAUCUUGGUAGCCUUUCCACCGAUGGACGCCGGAAGAUUGUUGAUCAAUUCCGGAGUGCAUCGGAGGAGUGGGGAUUUUUUCAAGUGAUAAAUCAUGGGAUACCCUCAGGUGUACUAAAUAACAUGAUAAAUGCUGUAAGAAAAUUUAAUGAGCUGGAUAUUGAUGUCAAGAAAGAGUUUUAUUCACGCGAUACGAGCAAAAGAGUGAGAUUCAACAGCAACCAUGAUCUGUUUCAAUCUCAAAGAGCUGACUGGAGAGACACAUUUUCUGUUUCCUUGCUUAGAUCAGACCAUCUUGACCCGGCAGAGUUGCCUGCCAUAUGCAGAGAUGAAGCUGUGGAGUUCAUAGAUCAAAUUGGAAAAAUUGCAGACACGCUUUUCGAAUUACUGUCGGAAGCUCUUGGUCUGAAACCCGACCACCUGAAAUCUAUAGAGUGUAACAAAGGUCGAUCUCUUGUAUGUCACUAUUAUCCAGCAUGUCCUGAACCAGAAUUGGCCAUGGGAGUUACCCAGCACACUGAUAACACAUUCCUGACGGUUCUUGUAGAAGAUGAGACAGGAGGUCUCCAAGUGCUUCACGACAACCACUGGAUUGAUGUUCAACCUAUUGCAGGAGGCUUAGUAGUAAACAUCGGAGACCUUCUCCAAAUUGUAUCGAAUGACAAGUUCAAGAGCAAUGUGCACAGAGUGGUUCCUAGUCGCCUUCCAAGAAUUUCAGCGAUAGGAUUUUUCGCAGGACGUGUUGCUCCACCAGCAAGGCUCUAUGGUCCAAUCAAAGAACUGCUAUCGGAAGAAAAUCCACCAAAAUAUAAGGAGGUCCUAGUCAGUGAAUACGUUGCAAGAUUCUUCAACAAAAGACUCCAUGAGAAGCCAAGCCUUGAAGAUUAUAGACUCUAAAGCUGCCAAUUGUAGUAACCAGCAGGGAAUAAAACUCUACAGUGACACUAAUAAAAGUGAGCUGUAGAUGGAGGAACGCCAUGCAUCCAUAUAUCAUUUCAUGCUGUAGCGACACGGACCCAUGAAGUGUUGCAAUUAAUUAAUGAAGGAUUUGUGAUUUAUGGGUUUUUCUAAUUAAAAACCUGCGUAAAUUAAUAAU